CCACCAGUUUAGAGCAUCUUUUAGUUUAGUUAAAAAAAACUUCUUGAGAAGAACGAGUCCCUACUGGGAUGGAGUCUUUUCUGCUGCUGUUGCUGGCCAGUGUGGGGACUUUUGCUCAAAUAGAGGUGAUCCAAUAUGUUCCUCGUGUCACAGACCAGGUCAUGGAAGGGAAGGUCACCGCUAGUACCUUUGCCCUGGCCUCCCCAAACUGUGUCUUCGAUUCAUUGGUCAAUGCCACAGAUGAAAUCUGGCUGGUUGUUACCUUCACCAAUGCCACCAGCAGCUUCAAAAACCCAACAAAUCUGCAGGAGAUCCCACCAUACGAAAAUCUAUACAGCACGCAUGCAUACAUGACAAUGAAAUCAACCAUCUCCCACUAUCCGUGCGAUAAAGACAAAGCAGGGAGCGUGCUCCGGGUUGGCAACGAAUCGACUUGCAAGAAUGACAACAGCCUGACUCCCUGCAACGGACCGCUGCCCUCUCCAGGGACUUACAGAGUGAAAUUCAUUGCCAUGGACUCUAAAGGCUCCAAGGCAGAGACAAGAUGGUCUGGUCCGAUCACACUGAACAAAGCUCAGGCUUGGCAAACCGUGGACACGUGGCCCGGACGUCGCAGCGGAGACAUGAUUGUCAUCACCGUCAUCCUCUCCAUCCUCUGCGGGGUCGUCACCCUUGGCUUUCUUUGCACCGUCUGCUAUGAAUGCUUCAAGCUUCGGCAGAACGGCCCCCCUGAGAAUGUCGAGCAGCAGCGUCAGGAGGAUCCCUUCCCACGGAGUCACUAUGACACCCACCACAUCCCCCCUACCCCACCUGUGCCCCCUCCACCCCCAAUGGACACGCCUGCCCCUGAACUCACCACUGCCUCUUUUUAG